GAUCCACAACAGUUGCACGUUCCUUUACUUUUAUUGGUGUCAUAAUUUUCGAAAGUUGUCUCACACAACUGGUUCAGGGAUAUUCUUUUAAAUUUCUUUAAUACCGUAGAAUCACGGUACUUCAAGAUGUCAACCAUAAAACGACUACUCCACAAGAGCAUGUCAGGCAGCCUUGACAAACUAGGCCUGAUUGAACGAGGGAGCCUCCGGAAGUCGUCUUCAGAAAUGCAGCUCAGUUCACUGGUUGACUUCGAGUACAGGAGAUGGGCGACCGCAAACAAACUCAGCAAACACACUCGUCAGAUGCUGGCGUUGGAGCAUUUCGACUCCAUGGCAACGAUUAAGAUGCUCAGUCCUGACAUGGUCUAUCUCCUGAAUUUAUCCGAAGAUGAGAGCAACAAAUUAAUGCGCGCGCUGGGAAAGCUGCACAUGACAUCCAAGCCAGGAUUCCAAGCGGAAGUGACGUCAGACUCGGGCUACGUCGACGAUAGCUCCCAGUCCGAUGGUGAUAGCGAGGCCGAGUACCUGCAGCGCAUGUCCAGAUUGAGGUACAGCCAUUCCAUGCCGGUCCUAUGCAAUGAGAUUUACCUUCCGGGACGGGAGUUAAAAUCCAACAGAGGUCAUGACCUUGAACAACCUAACGGCGGAUCACCGACCUCGUUCUGUAUCCAUGGCAACGACGAUAGUGAGUCUAUUGGUACUGUUGAUUCCGUAAUGGAGAACGUUCAUAGCCUGAGACAAGAGGAGCUGCAAGAUAUUCUGGAGUACAUGGUUUUAGAAGACAUUACCACGAGGGAGAUUCAGGAGGAAAUUCUCUCCCAGAAUCCUUACCGGAAGAAGGUGGCGCUGCUAAAAAAGGUCAUGGAGGAAGCGGGAGAAACCACGAGGUUAAACUUGGAAGAAAUCCUUAGGACGAAUUACAACGCCUCUCUGCCGACGAUUUCGGAGAGUUUGGAGAACUCGUGGGAAGAAAGUGACAACGCCAGUGACAGAUGGAGGGUCGGGAUCCGUGGACGACCCAAGCGCGUUUCCUGGAAAUUGGCACCAUUAGAGGUUUCCCAUAUCAACAAUCAUAACAACAUCAACAAGAACAAAUGUUGCCAUGACAACGUUUCAGGGAAAAGCCUUCCCCUUGAUCCGGACGUAUUUGUAAUUAACGUGGAAGACAACCGCACUAAGGGAUUUGUCAAUCCCUUUUUCGAAGACGACGAAGGGAUAGUUGAGCUGAGAAAAUCUCCCCUCCUGAGAUUCGGCCAUAAAGGCCGCCAGGACGGUGAACUCCAAGACUCUACGUCGGUUGUCUCCCUUGAUAAUGGCGACAUCAUUGUGACGGAUCACGUCAACAGUAAACUACAGAGUUUCGAUCAUUUCGGUGCACCGGUGAAAACAUUGGCGAUACAUGACAAAAAACAGCCUUGGAACAUCGUACUAUCGCCUCACGGCUGGGUGGCCGUGACUUUCAAAGGUUCCAAGACUUUGAGCAUACUCGAUGAGCACGGGAAGGAAAUCGCAUGGGUGGGCGAUGAGAUUUUCAAAAAUCCUGCUGGACUUGCGGUGGACAAAAACGACCGCUACAUCGUCACUGACGCCACGUCAAAUAACGUAUACGUUCACACAUUCGAACCUGGAUCGAAUUCAUUCGUCACAAAUAAGUUAAACACAGCAGUGUCAUUUGCCCAACCCAGAUACGUAACUGUAUCUCCGAAUGGCGACAUAAUCGUGUCGGACUCCGGGAACCACUGUAUAAAAAUUUUCACAUCGGAAGGAGAAUUCAAGUCUCAGUUUGGUUCCUAUGGACAGGCCUCCGGCUAUUUCCGAUGUCCAUACGGUGUCUGUACCGAUCACCAAGGUAACAUCCUCGUGGCUGACCAUUACAACAGCCGGAUUUCCAUGUUCAGCCCGCGUGGCGGAUUCCUUCGAAAUUUGGUGACGAGAAACCAUGGACUGAAACGCCCUCAAGGUGUUCAUAUAUCUGAUGACCAGAAGUUGUAUAUCACGCAUGGCCGGAUGAAGGCUAGUGAGAUUUUGGUGUUUGAUUUACAAGACAGUAAUAAUGACGCUGAAAGCACACAUUUGUGA